AUGGCAAAAGUAUUAAACUGUGUUUUCUGUAGCAAUUCUUCCGAAGAAAUGGUAUUAUUUUCUGAACAAAUGUUGAAGCGGUGUAAAAGAGUUUUAAAUUAUAGAAAGGAACAUAACCUUAAAUACAAAGACGUUGUUCUACCGAACAGAGAAUAUGAAGGAGGAUAUCACAAAGGUUGUCAGAAAUUGUUUACAGCGUUGAUGAAGAAAUAUUGUAGUUCUAAGUCCAAUAAACCAAAAUCUGUUAAAAAAAAAGUUUCAAAUGAUUCAGAAGAUUUAUGUCGAGAGACUUUAGUACAUAAAUUAAGUACACAAUCAAUUGAACCAAGUCCAGUUACUCUUACACCUAGCCCGAUAAAAUUACUUGUGCCAGUUAUAAGACUUGAGCGGAUUCAUGUUAAGCCAUCAACUUCUAGAGAAAAUGAGCAGUUAGAAAAUACUAAUUUGUCCUUUGAAAUUAAAACUAGGCCUGAAUAUAAAAGAAAUAUUUGCAUAUAUUGUGAUCGAACUUAUAAAACUUACCGUCAAAAUAAACAGCGUUUAUAUUCAACAGAAAAAGAUCAGUUUUUAUUGAAGAUAACGCGUGAGAACAAUGAAGAGUUUUAUGACAAAAUAGUUAAAAAUCCUGAUUCGAAAAUUUAUUACCAUAAUACUUGUAAAUUAAGAUUUUGUUAUGAUACGCCAUUGGUUGGUUCUCAAAUUAUUGGGGCUACUUCUUGGUACUGUAUACGUCAAUAUCAUCAGAAAGCUUUUAAAAAAAUAAGGGCUUUUAUUCUGAAAAAUGUUGUAAAGAAAGGACGUUGCUAUUUUAUGAGUUAUAUUUUUAAGAUUUAUUUGGAUUAUUUGGCAAAAAAGAGUCAGAGAAGUGAGGAAGAAAUUGCAGGAUUUUUAUCGACGCAUCGAUUGGGCGAUCAGAUACUCAAAGUACUGCACGCAGAUGUGAAAAUUUUAGUAGUUCAACGUGAGAAGAUACUAGCGCCGAAGAAAUUAGAGGUUAUUAAUGAUGAGUUGUUUGAAAAAUUGAAGAGCGACAAUCGAUUGUUGGUGAAGCAGUUCCGAUUGUAUCAGGGAAAUUUUCAAGAAGAAAAUUCGAAUGAUGAAGCAGAAAACUUGGAGGAUGUUGAUAACACUGAUGAAUUGUUGGUUUUAUAA